ACUGCCUGCAAGGUCACCCGCCAGAGGGGCGCACGUGGAAACGGAGAUGCCAGUGGGUCUGCGGGCAGAGGAGAAGAGCAGGGGGUGGAGGCCAGGAGACGGGGGUGCAGCCCCGCCCGCCCGGCCCCCAGCCCUGUCCUUCCUCCUCCUCUUGCCUCUGGCCAGUGCCCUCCAGCCCACCCCGCUGACCUUCCCAGGUGACUCACCCCUUUCCCCGGAGCUAAGGCUGGUGGGGGGGCCCAGCCGCUGCCGGGGGCGUCUGGAGGUCCUGCACGGCGGCUCCUGGGGCAGCGUCUGUGACGACGACUGGGAUGUGGUCGACGCCAACGUGGUGUGCCGGCAGCUGGGCUGCGGCUUGGCCCUGCCCGUGCCCAGGCCCCUCACCUUUGGCCAAGGCCGAGGCCCCAUCCUGCUGGACAACGUGGAGUGUCGGGGACAGGAGGCAGCGCUGAGUGAGUGCGGCAGCCGGGGCUGGGGCGUGCACAACUGCUUCCACUACGAGGACGUGGCUGUCCUGUGUGACGAGUUCCUACCCACGCAGCCCCCGACAAGGAAAGUGCUAACCAGCAGAGCACCCUCUACGACUCCCCAGAAUGGGAAAGGUGAGGGCAGCGUGCGCCUGGUGGGCGGCGCAGGUCCGUGCCAGGGCCGCGUGGAGAUCCUGCACGGCGGCGUGUGGGGCACCGUGUGCGAUGACGACUGGGGGCUGCCGGACGCCGCUGUCGUCUGCCGCCAGCUGGGCUGUGGGGCGGCACUGGCAGCCACCACCAACGCCUUCUUCGGCUACGGCACCGGGCACAUCUUGCUGGACAACGUGCACUGUGAAGGCGGCGAGCCGCGCCUGGCAGCCUGCAUGAGCCUGGGCUGGGGCGUGCACAACUGCGGCCACCACGAGGACGCAGGGGCGCUGUGCGCAGUCCUGGGUCCCCCAACCAUCACUGCCCUGCCACCCUCUGCUACCAGAGAGAACGGGGCUUGGCACACAGAACCACAGGCUACAGGAGUUGCUGUCCUGCCUUCCAGAGAGACCGCUUUGUCCACCACAGCCCCCUGGGCCUCAGGGAAGAAAAGCGGGCGGUUGCGGCUGGUGGGCGGCCCGGGCCCGUGCCGCGGCCGCGUGGAGGUGCUGUACGCCGGGGGCUGGGGCACCGUGUGCGACGAUGACUGGGACUUCGCGGACGCGCGCGUGGCCUGCCGCGAGGCGGGCUGCGGGCCCGCCCUGGGCGCCACGGGCCUAGGCCACUUCGGUUACGGCCGCGGCCCCGUGCUACUGGACAACGUGGGCUGCUCCGGUACGGAAGCCCGCCUGAGCGACUGCUUCCACCUGGGCUGGGGUCAGCACAACUGCGGCCAUCACGAGGACGCGGGCGCGUUAUGCUCAGGCCCGGAGGAGCUAGGACUGCAAUUUCAGCAGGAGGGUUCUGAGACUACCCGGGUACCCACUCCUCGGCCCAGGGAUGGACACCUGCGUCUGGCCAAUGGAGCACACCGGUGUGAGGGGCGCGUGGAGCUCUUCCUCGGGCAGCGAUGGGGCACUGUGUGUGACGAUGCUUGGGACCUGCGGGCCGCAGGGGUCCUGUGCCGCCAGCUGGGGUGUGGCCAGGCCCUGGCUGCCCCUGGAGAGGCCCACUUUGGUCCGGGCCGAGGCCCCAUCCUCCUGGACAAUGUCAAAUGCCAAGGGGACGAGAGUGCCCUGCUGCUCUGCUCUCACAUCCGCUGGGAUGCUCACAACUGUGACCACAGCGAGGAUGCAGGAGUCCUGUGCCAGCGGUCGUGACCCCCCCCAACAC